UUACUCCGGCCUUCCUUCCUUCAGUUCCUUCUUCUAUUCGGAUCUACUUGACAAACUGACGACGGUAUACGCGACGCGUUGAUCGAUCGGUCGGACAUGUCGUUUCUAUACAGGCAGGAGAUAAAAUCGCUGCAGGACGGCAUGCCGAACACUUUCGUAAUCGGCGUGAUUAUAAACAGCACGAACGUGAGAACGUUCGACGCCACUCAAGCCAGGUUUAGCAAUGGCGAACGUAGCGUGUGGACAUUUACUUUGCGCGACUCCGAGGAGGAUUUUAUUAACGUCACCGUGUGGGGUGGCACGGAAUUCGUGAAGAAAUUAUCGACCACGUUUAACAUCGGGUCCGUAGUGGAGGUGAUAAGUGCGAAAAUCGUAAAACGCAAUCCCAACGAUAGGAACGAGCAAUUCUCGCCGUCGACUUCCAGCCCUUUCACCCUAAUUGUGAACGAGGGUACGGCCCUUGUACAGAAUCACGACGCGCCGACUCGCAAAGGAUACGAGGAUCUACUAACGCGGCCCGUAAAAAGCGUGACCUCCGCGAAAAGCCUGAAAACGAUUUUGGACAACAUAGAGGCACUGUGCGAUCGUUUUGUCGACCUUCUGGUGGUCGUUACGUUUAUCGCUGACGCGCGUCAUAUAAUGACACGGGACGGACGAGCUCUAACGUGUCGCAGUUUCGAGAUCGCGGACGGAUCGACGGACAAUACGGUGUCGUUGAUGCUGUGGGAUAAGGACUGGAUCGAGAGAUCGGCCUUUUGGGAACCGAAGAAGACAAUGCUGUUCCUGAUUGACGCUCGCAUUGCAUUUGACGAAUAUAAAAAGAAAACGACGUUGAGUAUCUCAAGACGAACGUUGAUCACGGAGUGUCUAAACGUACCGCAAGCCGUAGAUAUUAUGACCGCAGUGCAACAUUAUGAUCCUGAUUCCGUAUGUAGCGACCCGUUCGCCGUACCAAAUCCGGACACCAUCACGACCGUAAUGACGGUACAGCAAAUCACGGAGAAAUUACAGAGGAAACCAACUACGGAGGGUGAGAGAUUGCAAUUCGCGACAAUCGUAAGAGCGUCAGUAACCGAAAUAAAUUUGGAUGGUCCACUCAAAGACGUGAUAUUUAUAAAAUGCGCUCUGUGUAAGAAGACUGUCGCGGACGUGCAGGAUUCUUGUAUGAAUUUAAAUUGUCCGUCGGGCAAUGGGACGCGAACGCCAUUAAAUACUGUAAAGUUUAACGUCAAAAUUAAUUUGAAGGACGACACCGGAUAUCUCAUCGGAUGUCGUUUAACCGGCGACAUCGCGGAGCGAGUUUUAGGCUGCACAGCUGAUGAAUUUCAGGCAAUGACGGUAGAAAAGCGCGGCGAAUUAAAGUGGCUGUAUCUGUUAGAGAAAUGCGAGGUUCGCCUGCACAUUCUUGGACCAACGUCUGUCUUCCGACGCGCCUUGUAUAACGUCUUAUCUAUUCAACCUGACAAAGAAACGGAGCAAGCUAUCAAACACAUUGCAACUACGCCCGAGUAUUAAAAAUUAAUAUCUCUGAUUUGAUACAAAUUUAAUA